AUGAAAAGUAUGUUGUAUUUGUAUUUGGCUGGCAACCAACUUUCAGGUAUCAUACCUCUGGAGCUUCAAUUCUAUGAAUUCCUUGAAACACUUGAUCUGUCUGGAAAUAGAUUGAAUGGGUCGAUACCAAAAAGUAUUGGUCGUUGGGCACACAUCCACUACUUGAAUCUUAGUAAUAACCAGCUUAGUGAGAAAAUUCCAUCCGAGAUUGGUAAAUUAGGUCAACUUACAGAACUUGAUUUGUCUCAGAAUUUGCUUACAGAAGAGAUACCAUCUGAAGUUCAAAGUUUGAAAAAUCUGCAAAAAUUGAACCUUUCUCAGAAUAGACUAUCAGGUUCUAUUCCAAACGCUUUUACUAGUUUGCCUAGUGGGAUUGACAUCGAUUUGUCUAAAAAUGAGCUCACAGGUCCAGUUCCAAAACAAAUGAUACAUUCUCCACAGAACCCAUUCGACGAAGAGGGCGGUGAUCAUUUCUCCAUAACAAAUUUUGAUGGGGGAGUAGUGUAUGAUGAUAUCUUGAAGGCGAAAAAUGAUUUCGAUGAAGCAUAUUAUAUUGGGACCGGAGGAUACGGGGCUGUGUACAAAACCGAGUUACAACCUAACAAUGUGGUAGCUGUCAAGAAACUUCAUUCAUCAUCUGGGAAUGUUGACCAUAAUGUUUCUUAA